AGAGUCUUUUAGCACAAAUGAAACUGUGACAUCAUGUGACGUGUUUCAGUGAAAAUGAAACUGAAGCUCUUUAAAUGACUCAGCUGCUCUGAAGUUAGAUCCUGCAGGUUGUCACGUCUUUCUAGCAGACAUGGAGGGAGACUGUGAGGAGAAAACCACCACACAGGAGGGAGAAGAAAGAGGAAACAGUGCUGCAGAGGCUACAGGGAGUGGACCAGAGGAAGCUGACAGCAGACUGUCUCUGAUCACCUGGAACGUGGACGGUCUGGAUGCUGAGGAGCAGCCAGAGAGAGCCAGAGGUCUCUGCUCCUACCUGACCUCACACUCCCCUGAUGUGGUGCUUCUGCAGGAGAUGAUCCAACCCUACAUCCGCUUCCUGCACAAACGUCUGGCCGCCACCUACACAUUCAUCCAAGGCGGUGAUGAGGGUUAUUUCACCGUGAUGCUGCUGAAGAAGUCUCGGGUGUCUCUGCUGGACAGCCAGAUAGUCCAGUAUCCGAACACUUGCAUGAUGAGGAACCUGCUGCUGGCUCAGGUGAUGUUCAGAGGCCAGAAGCUCUGCCUGAUGACGUCCCACUUGGAGAGCUGUAAGGACUACGCAGGAGAGCGGAUGAGGCAGCUGCGACUGGUGAUGAAGAGGAUGGAUGAAGCUCCUGAUGACGUCACCGUGCUGUUUGGAGGCGACACCAACCUGAGAGACGCUGAGGUGUCCAGAGUGGGUCUCCCCAGCAGCGUCUGCGACGUCUGGGAGCAGCUGGGAGAGCCGGAGAGCUGCCGCUACACCUGGGACACUCAGCUCAACACCAACAAGGACGUCCGCUUCAAGUGCCGCCUCCGCUUCGACCGGCUCUACCUGCGGAGGCCGGCCCAGGACGGACUCCCACGGCUGGACCCCGACAGCAUGGCUCUGGUGGGCCUGGAGAAGCUCCGGUGUGGCCGCUACACCAGCGACCACUGGGGGAUCUACUGCACCUUCUCUGUCCAGUAGAAACCAGUGUCCUGUACUUUUACUAAAACAAUUUUAAAAAUGCACAACCUCUCGUCUUUAUCAUACACACCCAAUGUCCACUGAAAAGCAACAGUCUAAAGCUGGGGGGCGAACAUGUGGCCCGCGGGCCAAAACCGGCCCUCCAGAGGGUCCAAUCGGGAGAAGUCGUAAACUGUAAAUUUGUAAAACGAGAAAUUUAAAAUCAUUUCUAGACCACGACAAGUUGUUUUGAUCAUAAAAUAAAAUACUAUUCAUUGUU